GUUAACAGUACGCAAGUGCGGAUAUUUCAAAGUUGAAAAAUUGUGCGUUUUUUGGGCGAUUUUGCAAUACUAGUUAGGGGAAACAGUGUUUUAAAAAUUUUCAUUUCAAGCAGAAACAUUGAAUUUUAAUUUGGUUUAUUACAUUUAUGCGAAUGCGUGGUGGAAUGGUUAACCUACGAAUAAUCCGCCUAAGGCAGUGUUAAUUAGUUAACUAAAAAAAAAUAGUGAUGAAAAGGUUAAAGGUUAAGGUUAGAAUAACGACCCUCAUCUCUCACCUUCACGAGCACUCAUUGCGGCGAAAAGAGAUGAACACUCUAUCACUCUCGGUCGGCUGGCACAGAACUAUUUUCCCUAUAGCUUGUAUGGCGCUCUAAAUGGAUGUGUUAUCAUCCUUGAUUGGCUAUGGUCGGUCAUAGGUUACCGGAUUACCCUACUGAAAGAGUAAUUAUUUUCUAAGAAUAAGUGAUUUAGCUUAACAGCGUUUAAAUCUUCAUAGAAUUAACGCUCCAGCGACGCGGGCAUAGCUUAAACGCAACUGAUUUUUUGGCAUGGACUCUCAAAAUUUGAUGAGAUUUGACUGAAACGCGCCGCAUACGCAUUGGAACACUUCACGAUUAAUGCCCAAUUAAAUAAUACUACAAAAUCGCAUGUGGGAAGGCUAUGACCGAGCUGUAAUGAAAUUUGACAGCAGUCGUUUCGGGGCAUAGAAAUCUCCGGGAUAAGGAAACCUUUUCUAUUAAAUUCCAUGUACAAAAUCCAACAUCAUGUGCUGUUAAAUCACAGCAUUUGCAGUUAAAACGCCAUAACUAUGACACCGGGCUUGCAUCGAAUUGCUUAUCGGAAUAUCUUAAAAAUAAUAUUUCUUAAAAAAUGUUUUUGAUUCAUUAGUUGUUUUAAACAUAAAAUAAUGAUUCUGAUGUGAAACUCUAGCCGCAAUCUGCAACCAAAUUGAAACAAACGAAAACGGUAAGACAUCCAAAUUUUAACCAAUAAAACGAUAACACGUUGCCCAGUGUGCAAUCCGCGUUCAUCAACAUUGGGCCAAAGGUGGUGCGUGCGAACCGGUACAAUUCGAUGCAUUCGUGUUUUGAAUCGCGGGAAGUGCGCACAUGCUUUGCGGUCGUGCGUGUUUGCUGGCGCCAACUUUCGUGGCGUUCUCUGCUGGCGUGCUUUGAACAGAAGAAAGUGUGUAGGAUGUGAAUUUUAAUAUUAUACGAUCUUGAAUAUUUAUUUUUCUGUUAAGCAAAGUAAACUUACAAGAUAUGUGGCAAUAGAACAUGUGUGAUAAAUAGCAGCAGUUACGGAUGCCAAAGUGGAUUUCUUGAAGUGAAGUGUAUAAAUGAAGUGAUUAUAGCCCAAGAAAUGGCUGUUGAAAAGGAACUAUUAUUUUCUUACACGAGAAAGUGAAACCCAAACUAUCUCAAACAAAAGUUAGGGGAAAUUAGACAACUGAACACAUCCCUUUUCGGAUGUAGGUUUUGCUAAACCAGAACCGGCAGUACCGUGCGUCCAGCGAAAUUUGAUACCACUUUUGUUCACAACCCAUCGCGAAAGAUGGAUCGCUCGAUCACUGUGUGCCGCAUUUGCAGGCAACGAUAUCCUUCUUGUGCGACUGAGUGUUUAGGAAAAAAAGAUGUGUUAAAAAAUAGAACGAUUUAAAUUCGAAAGGGUGCUCCGGUCUCGCUGGCAAAAAGAAAAAAGAAGGGAAAACAUAAGUGCCGCUAUUAAGAAAUCCACCUACGGGUAAAAGUUCUGCGAUCGUGACGUUUGAGUAAUGAUGUUCAUUAAUUAUAGGGCUAUUGGAGUGGAAUAUGGUUUAGGAAUGAAAUCCAGAAUUUCAAAAAGGACAUAAAAUCGAAAUAGUAAUCCAACUAGCAACAACUAAUAUAAUUGCGAACCGAUCGCUAAGACUGAAGCGUCAAGUAACGUCCAACAGUGUUCAAAAUGGUACAGCGGUGUGUCCUUAUUGCUCUCACUCGUUUCCAUUUGUCGUAAACAGUGCCGUAAAAGAUCAAUUUCAAUCAUUAGCAUACCAAUCGUUUUUUUUCUCCUUUUCCAUCGAGAGCUUAGACAGAUCGUAAGCCGCACAUUCCCCCCGUUGAGCAUAGCGCCCUGGAGUUCGGGGGGCUUGCUUGUUUACGUUUUUCCAAUUUUUCAUCGCAUAUCAUAUCGCACCGCGGUGAAUCGAUUCGCUCGCGCGUCCGGAGGCAUGUUUGAUAUAAAAAUACUCACUCACCUCGUGCGAUCGUGCGAGAUGCGGAUUUGCGCUAAAAAUAUGAGCCUAAAAAAGGGAGAAUACUGUAAAGUUAAAAUAAACACUGCCCAACAUGAUACGCGUGCAGUGGGUCGGUCGACACGGGAAGUCGACAAUGUUGCUAUUCCUGUAGAAUAAAUUUAUCAACACACAAAAAAAUAGUAUUAAAUUUAGAGUCAGUUUAAAAAUAGACCAAGGAAUGGUGGCAUAUCCGUCGAGAGCGUGAAAUAGGUUCUCGGUUGCGUUUAGAUUUCGCUGACGGUGUGCGCGCAUUUCGUGCGGUUCGAGCAUCAUAAGGUUUGAUGUAUCAGGUUGCUGAUUGGCACAAGUUUGGUGUGCCCUAUGGUUUCGUUUACCGGAACAUAAGAUUGGGCAUUCAGGAUUCAGGUGCUCGGCAAAACAGUCCAAUCGCUUAUUACUAUUGGUCACGUUUUAGUCACCAGUUGCAGAUAAAAUCCAGUACCCGUGAUCUAGAACAACAAAAAAAAACUCAGUGAAAAAUACAUUUAAUUAAGCAACAACGGUCGGAAAAUGAGUGGACUGUUGGUGAAGAAAGUGAGCGCGUGUGUUCUCGGGGAAAGCCUGUAUAGCGUACCGAACGGCAACUGAAAGUUGGCAUCGUUCUCGCGAGCUCUCGACCCAGCGGCCGGUCCGACCUCGUGCUGCACUUUUGCCGCGUAUCGAAUGACAUGGGAGGAAUUUGGUGGCAUGUGCACGGUCUCAUAUUACGGUGGUCCGGUAUGAACACAAAGAACUGCCACUAUCACCUUCGCUACCGGUGUGGCUGCUGGUAAAGGACCACCAAGUCCUUGUCCCGGUCUUGGGCUUUGUCGGUGGAAAGUGAAACGUGAAGCAUUUCUUAUCAUUGCGAAGCGCGCGUAAGCCGUAGCCCAGGACUAGAAAUUUUAUCCGCGCCUGAGCGAGAACCGGCGUUACGAUGGCAACGGCAUCAUCAUCAUCGGCGAGUACGUCACCGCCACGGAUAAAGGUGAAGAAGGAGAUUUGUACCGAUAACGAUACGAUCAAGGAGCUAGCCGAAACGGCCAUGAAUGAUAUACUGGGCUGGUACGGGUACGAUAAUGUCGAUCGUCUCGAACUUGCAGCUAACAAUGCACCGACCAUCGCUGCAUCCACCGGCAUCGACGAGGAUGGCGCGGGAGUUCGCUUGAAACCGUCGGACAACGAACCAUCCAUCUCUUCCUGCUCGUCCACCAGCCUGGUCAAGACCAAAUCAUCGAAACAUCAUCAUCAGCCGCAUCAUCAUCACCAGCUGCAGCAAUCGUCCAUCGGUGGCCGCUUUCUUGCGCGACAGCAGGACGACCAGACGAUCAAUCCGGUCGCAUCAACAUCAUCGAACUCGGGUGAACGGCGAGGCCGAGAUAUCCAAACGCCCUCGACGGCUAACCGACCCAUCCUGUCGGGAUCUCCGCCAGCAACAGUGCCAGCGUCGUCGUCCACAGCGAUACGGAACGGUAUCGUCUUACAUCAUCAGCAGCAGCAGCACCAUCAUCAUCAUGCUUCAGUUUCAGCCGGAGGCGGUGAAAGUUCCACCUCCGAGAAGGACAGCUCGCGGGAAAGCUCCAAGAGUCCGAUGCUGAUGAAAAUGCUGGACAAGCAAGAGCAGACCUGCCAGUGGUGCCGUAAGGUGAUACCGUCCCACCAGACCGGCAUCUUGGGCACUACCGAGGGUAUGAUAUUCUGCACCGAGGCCUGCUUCUCCCAGUCCCGGCGCGCGUCCUUCAAGCGAGCGAAAACGUGCGACUGGUGCCGGCACGUGCGUCACGCCGUCAGCUACGUGGACUUUCAGGAUGGUGCUUCCCAGCUGCAGUUCUGCUCGGACAAAUGUCUCAACCAGUACAAGAUGCAAAUAUUCUGCAACGAAACGCAGGCCCAUCUGGAGAUGAAUCCACAUCUAAAGGAGAAAAGUUCCUCCACGGGAAGUCUCAUAACGCCCGAACUGUGGAUGAAGAAUUGCAAAAGCUGCUCCAUAUCGCCGGUGUCCGAUCGGUCGGAAUCGGUGUCACCCGUUCCAUCGAUACCGGUUCGCUCGUCGCCGGAACCUUCCCCCAUUACGCUACGGUCUCCAACACCGGUCAAAAAACCGCUCAUAUCUGUAGCUCCACCCUCGAAACUGCUCUCCAAGUCAGCGCAUCAAAGCUCCAUGAGCCGUUCGAAUCCAAAGAGUUCCCGUAAACGUCGCGCGGGUCAUAGACCCGCGGUGGGAUCACAUGCAUCCGCCUCCACCAAACGAUCCACAUCAGCAGCACAUCAGGCGGAAUUUGGCGGCAGUGCCAUGAACAGUAGCAGCACUAGCAUUAACAACAACAAUCUGACCAUCCCGAACAAUAACCUGACCGGAAGUCCGCCAGCCGUCCUAACUGCUGGCCCACCAAAAUCUGCACCCAACGUGCAAGAUUUAAGAGUUUUGCAAAAGAAACACAUGGGUAUGGCGUCCAGCGAAGGGCCACCGAUGGGAGGAUUCGAUGGGCGCGAUCUAUCCGCAUCAGCCGGUGGAGCUCUUGGGCCACCACCACCUCCUCCUCCUCCGCCGCCACCGCUGAACAUCCCACCACAGUUCCUUCCACCGCCGUUGAAUCUCUUGCGAGCACCAUUUUUCCCCCUAAAUCCGGCUCAGCUACGUUUCGGCGGUGGCCUGGGUGGCUUACCGAACGGGCAACCCCCAACCCACGGUCCACCGAUGGGUCCACCACCGAGUCCGCUGCCAGGUGGACCCAUGGGUCCGGGUAAUCGACCCCCACCACCGGUACCAAACCUGUUCGGGUUCGGUGCCGCUCCGCCCGUUACGAUUCUAGUCCCGUACCCGAUCAUCGUACCGUUACCGCUGCCCAUUCCGGUACCGAUUCCUGUGAUAGAUUUUUUGAAAGCAGCCCUACCGAAAGAGGAAGCAGGGAAGAGCGAAACGCGGUCCGAGCAGGAGAAGAUUACGCCGGAAGAUAAGCUGGGCGAUCCGGUGAUGACGGUGGAUAGUGAUGAAGCGAUGGUUGAUGAGAUUGCAGAGCCGUCGGUCGUGGAGGAUGAUUCGGAUGUGCCGCUGGACUUUACCGUUGGUGGGUCGGGAAAGCAAUCCGAUCGUGAUGUAGCUGCAACCGGUAGUAGAGUCGAUGCUUGGAGCGAAUCGGAACACACGGUUCUGGUGGAGUCUACACCAUCUAAGAGUGACGGUAUGACAACGUAUGCGCUCUCUACGAUCGUAUCGAACGGAUCGGAAACUGUCCCAGCGUUGGUAGAUGAUGAGCCACAAGACGAGUCGGUGCAGCGAGUGUUGCCGAAGUUUAAAAUAACUCGUUUGGAGGCAGGGAACCAAAAUCAGCAGGAAGCGGGUGAAGGAAAUGGAAGUGGCGGGGAACCACCGGCCGAGGAAACAGAUAUCGAACGCGAGCGUAAAGAGAUGGUCGAGCGUAGCCGUCCUUUGAGGAAACGAAAGCGGCUCGUUGUGCAGCAGCAUUUGCACACUAAACACGAGCUGCCGGAGCAGCCUUUGAAUGAGGGAAUGGCGGAUGAUCAAGAGUAUGGUACAGGGAUUGAGCUAAGGUCGGGUAGUAAAGGUCAGUGAAUGGAUCAGCUUUGAAUGAGGGAAUGGCGGAUGAUCAAGAGUAUGGUACAGGGAUUGAGCUAAGGUCGGGUAGUAAAGGUCAGUGAAUGGAUUAGCCACACAGGGGGAGACACACACACACUCAUGGUGCUGUAUGGUAUAGUUCGUUUUAAAUUGUAGUUGUCCGCUCCAGUCGUAGGAUUUAAAGGCCUCCGAAAGGCUUUUAGCG